UCCUUCAAAGAUAAUUUAGCAGUAUACAGGUUUAAAUAGGUAGGCCUAAUGCAGUUAUGUUAAAAUGCUUGGUUUGUUCCUGUGACAGUGGUAAUAGCCUGGCAUAUUUAGUUCCAAGUGAACGUCUAUGUCUUGUGUAUAUCCGCAUUAAAAUUAGCCUAUGUAGCCUGCUACCUAAUGCCAAACUGAACAUUAAUGGUUAGGCCUACAUGUUCAUUACAAUACUGUAAACACAACACUAGUUAGGGCUACUUAGUCUUAAUUUUAAGUGUGCUAUUUUCUAGAGUACUUGCACUAUGUGAAAUGGCUAAACAAAUUUAAAAACAUGCUUAAGGUUAUUCAUUGGAGACUUGAUAAUGUUACAUAUGUUACAAUUUUAAUAUCAGUUGUGGGUUGAAUAUAAAAUGUCGAACAAUUUUACCUGAACGAUAAAACACUAGAUAACUUUUUAAUCUGACAGUGUUCAUAGGCCUAUGCCUAAGCCUACAUAACACGGAGUUGUGAAAACCUAUAUUUUAGGUACUCAGUACAUUGCGAUUUUAUGCAUGUGGACCAUACCAAUCAAAUGUUGGACAGGAUGUGUACACUGCUAUGCACCAGUCAUCAGUUAGUAGAAGCAUCUCGGAGGUCACAAAUGCCAUCAACCAGCAUCUGUUUUGCAGAUGGGUCAGAUUUGACUUAAAUCCAGCAUUAACAGCAGCAUUAAAAGAGAUUAUGGCUUCCCAGGGGUUAUCGGUGCUAUUGAUGGUACCCAUGUGGCAAUUGUUGCACCGCCAGUGGAUGACCCUGUCUUUAAUUAAAGAAAGAGCAUACUUCAAUUAUAAACGAUAUCAUUCAAUAAAUGUACAACUGGUGUGUGAUGCAAACAUGAAAAUAUUAAAUGUAAAUUCAAGAUACCCAGGGGCAACAAAAGAUUCCUUCAUUUAUGCCAACUGCAGUCUCAGACAGGGACUACAUGAAAUGUUUCGACAGAACCAAAAUGCUUGGCUGUUAAGUGAGUUUGUUAUGGCAAGUACAAAAAACAUUUUUGUAAAUAACAAUACUAUUUAUAAUGGGCUAUGUCAUAGCGGAUACCCCCUGGAACCUUGCCUGAUGACGCCGUUCAUGGAGGAUGUUGAUCCUCUGUCUCCACAAGGGCGGUACAACCAGUGCUUGCGCACAGCCAGGAGUAUAAUUGAGCAGUGUAAUGGCUUGCUGAAAUCACGUUGGAGAUGCCUGCUGAAACACCGUGUGCUGCACUACAAGCCCGACCAAGCCAGCAGAAUAGUUAAUGUAUGUACUGUACUACAUAACAUGUGCCUGCAGGAAAAUGUGCAUCUUCCAGAUGAAUUGUUGGUUCAUCCUCAAGAUUUGGGGAUGGAUGCCAUGAAUGAAGUUGGUGUUGUUAACCAGAACUUUCGAGCUGGUCAGUUGAUAAGGCAACGUAUUAUUGAUAAUUAUUUCAUGUAGACCAAGUUGUUUGUAUAGCUAUGGUGAAACCUACCCAAUAUCCGCCCCGCACCCAAAUAUUGAUGGUUUGAAAAAUAAAACGUGAAAAAUAGGAGUGUAACAGAUUUGCUAAGAAGUGACGGGUUUACGCUUACGAUUUCAUAUUUAUUUAAUGCUUUGAAAAUGUAAUGUGUGACACGUGACGUGCCGAGUAUAUGAUUUGUGCAAUUUAUUACUUUUUAAUUUAUUUAUGAUCUCACCGGAAUUCGGUAUGAUGAAAUACGUGGUUCACCAUCCCUCCGGCGGCGGGGGACAGCUGAUAAAAAAUAAUUAAAUUGAGAUUAAUGAUUUCAAUGCAUGUAUUUAAGUCACUUAAAACUUAAUUUAAACAUUGUAUUUUUAUGUUAAGUUUUUAAUUAUAUAUUAAAAUUUUGUAUGACAAAAUUGUGUAAGUUUACAGUAGUUUUCCAAAGGUCCUUAACCAUAAUAAAUUUAUUUUAUGGUUUUAGUGUGGUAUUGAUACUUAUGUAAAUACUCAUAAAUGAUUAAACAACUAUUAAAACUGUUUACAGCCAUCGUGGGAUUGCAGAAGAGUAAAUAAAUUACAAAAACGGUCAACUACAAAAAAUACUUAUUUACCAGCACAACAUAGUAUCUUGUAUGUGAAUUGGGCAACGAAUACACUUAGCUACAGCAAAUGUGUCAUCAAAGGCAAUGCUUACUAUGUAGGAUUACAGGAAGUUCAUGUAGACAUACUUAAUUUUA